AUGGUGUACGGACGACAGAAAAUGCGGGUUCGAACCAAAUCAGACGAGCCAUGUAGCUCCAAAAGUCUGGAGUGUAUGUCUCCGGUAUCUCCUCGUGUCGCAAAGCGGAAUGCCAACUUGCUGAACGGUUUUGAUCUCAAGAGUAACGGGAACUACGCUAACAACCAAUUGGGAACUGUUAUUGAUUGCAAUAUUAAGCAGACUUACGAGUGUUUGCCUGCGUUGACGAAAGCUCUUGACACAAAAUUGGAGAACCAGUUUUCAGAAGUUAUUGUAAGUGUAGCUAAUGAGUAUGACAACUAUCUUUUUGUUUAGUGUGACCUUCAAUUCCAACUUGAGAACAUGCUGGCCCAGAAUAUUGAUUAUCAGAAGAAUUUGAACGGAGAACUUAUGUUUCUGACAACCGGAGACUAUCCAACCGAUGAUCUCGCUGAUCGACCAAUGCCAUCCUAUGAACUGAGAAAAGUGAUGGGCCAAGAGAAGCCUCGUGGUCGAAGACAAAAGAGUAUUUCAAUAGAAGAACAACCUUCAUGUAGCAAAUUGGAGAAUGAAGACGAAGAUGCGUAAGUUAAAGGUUUUCCUGACAUUUAUGUUUGAUGUUUAGCGGAUCAGAUGUUGUGACGUCAUGUGGAGAGUUCGAGGAUGAUCAGCCUUACCUUGUGUUAGAUGUUCCUCACCGUUUCUGGACAUGGGCAAGAGAAUAUCUUGGUCACAUUGACGAUAAAUUUUUGAUAGAAUUUAACACCGAGUUUUAUCAGCGUUACCAUCCGAGCUACAUGAGCGAGUUAUUAUUGAAUGGUGAGUUCAAGAACAGUGUUUGAUUACGAUUAUUGCAAUUUUAGGUAAUAAUAAAACGACAGUUUUGGUAUUAAUAUAGUAACUAAUAAUUACAAUUUAAGUUUUUUUAUUAUUUAAAAAUAAUAAAAUUAAUUUUUGUUGGUUUUACCUAAAAUUUGUUUCUAGAGCCCUUCAAGUACAAAAAAGUAGAAGGAAAGAGCCUGAAUGGAAUUGGCAAUGGAUCUCCCAAGAAAUCAAGUGUGUCAAACGGGAACGGAGCUCCAAAAUUAAGCGGAAUCAUGAAUGGGUAUGUAAAUUUUUAUAAAAAUGACUUUUUUGGAUUUUAUAAAUUGUUACCUAAUCUUUCUUUUUCUAGUGUUUCAAAGCCAAAUCCUAAUUCUGCUGUGUUUGGGUUGAUGAAGAACUUGGUUUCUGCCUACACGGAUGAGUUCAAACCUUCACCGACAAAAGUUAAAGGUAUUUUAUGCUUUUUUAAAAAUUUUUUGCUUAGUUUUUAUUUUUCUGAAAUUUUUUAAGCUUAUAACACAUACUACUAUAUUAAGGAAGCAUUUCAUAAAUAUAUUUUAGUUGAAUCUCCAGUGAACAAAAAGAGAAAGACCGAGUACCUGAAUGGAUAUAAUGGUUACCUAAACGGAAUCGAAAACGAGAAGAAAGAGGUGGUUAAGGAGAAUGAAUUGAUGGAAAUGGCAGCAGCUUUGACUGACUGUUUGGGCCCAAUUACUUUGUUGCCAGAAUACGAAUCCGAAGAAUCGAGAGAUUCUUUCUCAGCUUCUGUCAAUUCUAAUGGCAUAUUGUCAGAAAAUGACACAACAGAGGAGAAGACAGAUCCAGAAGAGAUGGAGUACGUGAAGGUGAUUGUGGAUGGAGCUGAUAAGGACAAGGAAUGGGACGAAGUGUCUCUGGAGUUGCUGCAAUGUCAAACCAAGCUGGACAAAUUGUUGCGAAAGACAAAACCAGUUUUGGAGAGAUGUAAGAUGGAACUGGAGGCAGAGUUGACCCACUCGAUAACUACAAUUGACAUCAACAACAGUGAUGAAAAGGUAAUGUUUUAUUUUAAAAGUAUAAUAUAAGAACUUUUUUAAAAUUUAUAAAUGUUUUCUGUAUUUUGACAAUAAUCUUUUCAUGAAAAUUUUCAGCUUUUCGCUCUUGUUGAAGACUUCAACGCUGGCCAGACUAGCUUCGAAGAUUGCUUGAAGGCAUGGAACGAUCGUCAAAAACCGUUCCUUAAACAUUACUGCGCAGACAUUGUGGCCAAAGAUGAUGCCACAUACGAAUCCGACUGGUCCGAGGAGUUUGCCAUGGACGUAUCUUCUUCAAAACUCUCAAAGUAA